AUGGUCUCGAGCGUUACUACGCCGCAGCCGCAAGCAGCAGCGUCCACAGCGAGCCAGUGCCAUUAUGUCGCGCUCGCCGCUGCCACCUCCGCCUUGCUCGCCUUCUGGGUCGCGUUUCAACUCGGCGGCGGCUCGACCGGCCUGCCUGGCGAGUUCCGCGCCGCGGGAACUCCAGUCGACGCCUUUGAUCAUGCGAUGCGCACACCGUUUGAAAAGUCGCGGAAAUAUGGUAAAAAUCGAGCCGCAGGGGAUGGAAACGAGCGUGAGAUCCAUGACGAUGAAAACAUUGCCACGUCAAAUCGGUCGUUAUCUGCCCGCGGCGCGAAGAUCCGGCUGUGCAUGGGCAACCCGACCGCGCCAUUCGCGCAGGGAACGUUCGUGACGAAGCCAAUCAUCAUGGAAAAAAAGAAAGGCGCAACGGCAAGCAACCGGUACGCGCAGCUCACUGUGUUCGAAGCAGAGGCUCGGCACGCCGAACCUCUCGUGAAAGCAGACUCGGGGAAGCCGCAGCGGCAAGCCAGGAGCAGCCAAACGUCUUUAAGGCUCCUUGCCUUUUUAGAGGAUGAGCAAUCUAUCUUAAAAACGCAGUGGAAAGGGUGGGGAGAGGCGGAGCUUAGCGAGCUUUUCGCCAAGGGAGAGCUUAAGCUAAAAUGCCACAUAUGGCCUGGUCACGACCCUUAUAUCCAAGCGUUCGAGCCUGCUUAUAUCGUGGAUGUGGUGCCCAUUUGGAAAAUGUACUCUUGGCACUUGAUAUUAGAAUGCCUGAUUCCACCAGACACCUUAGUCAGUGAAAAUAGUACUAGCAUUGCCAACGAUCGGCUUGCAGGUGAUGACUCAGAGGUUGCCAAUGUGGCUCACGCCGCUCCCUCCCCUCUUUCCGGCGCCCCCCCAACCGUCUCCCCUUCUCUCCAUAUGAACUUAACUACAUUCUCUGUGAUCGGUCACGAGCGGUUGAGAACGGUGGAGGAGAGGCAGUGGGCGGUGCAUCACUGGCAGCAGGUGCAGGUGCAGCUGGUGGCGUCAGAGGCUGCGAGCGGGGCGGAACUGCGCAUGCCACCGCUGCUGCUGUGCCGCGCUGACAGCGACAAACACACCCUUGCCUCUUCCCCACACUCACUCUCCCUCUCCACCUUCAGCGAAACUGCGGCAGCUGCUGAUGUCGAUGCUGCUGCUUCAGCCCAGCCCACUUCUGUCUCCUCCCCACCGCCCUUUCCCUUUGCUGCUGUGGAAAGGGAACUGGUUGCUGCUGCAGCCGCAGCUGGGGCUGCUGGGGUUGCUGGGAAGCCUGGCGGAAAGUCUGCCGGGGCUGCUGAGGGGGCUGUUGGGGGUGAUGGGGCUGCUGCUGCCCCCGGUUCUGAAUCACCACCUAGUGCUGCCGGGGGGGUGAAAGGGGCCGGAGGGUCAGGUGGUGAAUCAGAGCUGUUAAUUUUCCUGAAGAGGGGAGAGGGAGGGGAGGAGGAGAGGAAGCGAGGAAUGCGGAGUAGUAGCGCUGAGGAGAUGGGGAGUUUAGAGGAGUUGCUAGUGAAUUAUAAAGAUGAAGCAGAUGAGGAUGAAGAAGAGGCGGACCGUUUGAGCUGGGAAGGAUCUAGAGAAGGCGGUGAUAUCCUCGUUGAUUACUCGAAUGCAGAGACCACAGCAGCAGCACCGGCAGCAGCAGCAGCAGCAGCAGCACCAGCAGGAGCAGCAGCUGAAACGGCAGACAAAUUAGGGGCGUCAAAUCAGGGGCGGCAGCAGCGGCGGCGCAGCAAACCAACGAGCAUGGGAGCAGUGACCAUCUGCCUGCGCCCCUUCCACACGCGGCAAAUGUUCUCCGACAACAUUGCUGUAUCCGACUCACGCCUGCUCGAGUGGAUCGACUCGUCCCUUCUGAUGGGUGUGGAUCGGAUCUAUGUGUACGACCGCUACGCCACAGCCAAGCGCGACCUGCUACUGCCGUACAUGGCCCGGGGGCAGGUGGUGCACGUGCCGUUCCCUCCCUGGUCGGAGGUGUUCUAUCGCCAGGACCAGUUUGCUGGGAAGGGCAAUAACCCGUACGCGGUGAGUGCCUAG